AUGGAGAAUUCAUCUUUCCAUCGUGGGGUGGCCCAAGGCCUCGCGCAUUUCUUCACCAAGUUGGCCACAACGCCUUACCUGUCACCUGACGACAUCCAGCAUCCCCCGCCCGAGGGAUGGAGCGAUACUGAGCUGGACGUGGAUGGCCUACGAACCGCAUUAGGCCGGUCCAAUACCGCUGUGGACCUUCUACGCCACAUUCCCUACGUGCGGCCUGUCGGCACAGGCCCCUAUACGGGGCAGUGGCCCAUCUUCCCGAGAACCAAGCCCAUGCGUUACCUGAAGGAAUGUGGCUCGCUGGUAGUCGGGAAUCUGGGGGGCUUGUUCGAGCUCGCCCGCCUACCUUCAGAUACGGUCAGCUUGACAUACCCUGCCGGCGCGUACACGCAUUAUGGCCCCCAGUGGUGGCUUGUCGACUGUCGAACUGGCCGUAUCACCAAGUACACGGGGCCACCACGCGGUGAGACAUUGGCAGACGAGUUCGAGACUGAGUGGAAAAAGGCACCGUCCUAUACCCCUGUUGAUUUCUUCAACGAGGUUGCCGCGAUGCUCGGCAAGGACUACUACCCUAUACCCGGCCUGGUCGAUGGCAUCGAGCCUGACUUCUCCACUCCCGAUCGCCGAGAUCUUGCCUCUUCCAUGUAUCAGACUUACAUGCUGGCAGGAUGGCAGCACGGCUCCGGACCCGGACCAGCCUUUGACCGCGAGAAAUGCCGGAAAGACUUGGAAGCAUUGUUGAAAGAUAGACAUGAACGCGAGUCGAGAAAACGAAAGGCAGAGGCAACCCGUCACAUAUCCCGACCACCACCACCGCCACCACCGGGGAGAAGGGAUCCUGUGAAUUAUCCCGAUGGCUAUGACCGGGACGUUAUUGUUGCUGGUCUGACCAAGUACUAUGAGACACUGGCCCAGAUGGCCUUCUUUCCGGCAUCGCUCAUCCAAUACCCGCCAGGCGGGUGGUGGGGUGAUGAUAGCUUCCUUCCAGCCGACAAGACACGCCUCCUGGGCUUCAACGACCGCAUAAUCGACCUAUUACGGCAUCUCCCGUAUCUUGAUGUCGACGAGACGCAUGAUGAUAACCGCUGGCCUGUCAUAGGUCGCGGCGAGCCGCAGCGCUAUCUUGAGGACAACCCCGAGUUGAACGACGACCUCACCGAAGACAAGGCCACACCUGAGCGCCUCUGCGCCCACUGUCUCUUCCCUUUCCCUGAGAAGAUGCCUGAAGGUCUGGUUCCCAUAGCGGGCGGUGGCAGCGAGGGCAGUGAUAGCGGCGAGUGA